AUGAGGCUUUGGCAGUGGGCGAGGGUGUGGGUGUGGCUGGCUGGGCUGGGGGCCAUUGAAACAGCACCCGGCCGGGACGGCGCCGAGGCCUGGGCGCGGGGGGCAGAGGCUCGGCUCUUCCUAGACAGGCCCGACUUCUUCGACUACCCGGACUCCGACCGAGCCCGGCAGCUGGCCGUGGCCCGCUUCAUCGGGGAGAAGCCCGUGGUCUUCGAUCGGCCAGGGUCCACCCCCAAGCUCUUCCACCACAUCCUGGUGGGCAUCCUGACCGCCGCUGCCUUCUUCCUCCUCUUCAAGCUCUGCACACACAUGAGCUGCCAGAAAGGGGCCUGA